AUGGUGGGGCUGAUGCUGAUCUUGAUGCCUCAGAUUGUGUGCAUGACACAGAUUGUGAACUGUGCCACAAACAUUUCCCUCAGGAGUCCACAUGACUAUUAUGAACCUGGUGAUAUCAUCAUAGGUGGAAUUGCUUCUCAGCUCCUUGUGCUUUGGGAAAGCGAAAAGUUCACCAGAUUUCCUAAUAACUGGUUUUUAAACCACCCUGUUGUGGUGACUAAGAACUAUCAGCAUGUCUUGGCCUUGGCAUUUGCAGUGAAUGAAAUCAAUGGCAAUCCCUUGCUAUUGCCAAAUGUCUCUCUGGGAAUCCACAUCCAUGAUAGCUACUUCGAUGCACGGAUGACUUAUCAGGCUGUCCUGAAAUUGCUGUCCACUCAGCAAGAAACUAUCCCCAACUACAGAUGCGAUGGUCCAAAGCUUAUGGCCGUUGUGGGUGGUCUGCAUUCGGAAACUUCCAUCCAGAUAGCAACCAUCUUGAACAUCUACAGGAUCCCACAGCUGCUCUAUGGCUCCUUUGCUGCUGUCUCAAGCAGCCAGCCCCCUUCGUUCUACCAGAUGGUUUCCAGUGAGGACCAUCAGUAUACUGGGCUUGUCCGGUUGCUUCUGCAUUUCAAGUGGACAUGGGUUGGGGUUCUUGCCGUGGAUAAUGAUUAUGGGGAGACGUUUGUUCAAUCUUUGCUGCCGAAGUUUUCUGCGAAUAGCAUCUGUUCUGCUUUCGUGGAAAGAACCCCUGAAAUGACUUUUAUUCCAGGAGUUUUUGAAUUUAUAGACAAGCUAAGUAAGCUAUCUUCAGUUCUGAUUGGAAGCAAAACCAACGUGAUGGUCAUCUAUGGUGAUGUCCGAUCAACCUUUGGACUGCAGCUGAUGUUAGCAGAAAAUCAGUUCAAUACAAGGAUCCCCAUCAACAAAGUGUGGACUACAACUGCCCAAUGGGAUUUGUCAUCAAACAGCUUUAAUAAAAUGGAUGAUAUCCAACUCUUCCAUGGAGCCUUCUCCUUCUCAGUUCACACCAAUGAAGCACUAGAGUUUGAAAAGUUUGUUCAGCACAGAAACAUUGACUCGCUUAAGAGAGAUGGUUUUAUUAGGGAGUUCUGGGGACAAGCUUUUGGAUGCGAACUACCCCAGUCUCAUGUCAACAAGAGGAGUGAUGAAACUUGCAGUGGCGAAGAGAAGUUGGAAACUCUCCCAGAGCUGGUUUUUGAAGUGAGCAUGAGUGGCCACAGCUACAGUGUCUACAAUGCUGUCUAUGCUGUGGCACAUACUUUGCAUGCCAUGUACUCCCUUAGAGCCAAAGGUAAAGCAACAGCGCAUGAAGACAGGAUGGGGCUUAAGAAUAUUCAGCCGUGGCAGAUGGUGCCCCGUUCUGUUUGUACGGAGAGUUGCCAUGCUGGUUUUAGCAGAAAAGUGCAGGAAGGGAAGCCAUUUUGCUGUUUUGACUGCGCUCCGUGCUCAGAAGGGAAGAUUUCUGGUCAGGAAGACAUGAACGAUUGUGGGAAGUGCCCUGAAGACCAAUAUCCAAACCAAGAACAAACACAGUGCGUCCCCAAAAGUCUAAGCUUCCUCUCUUACAAAGAACCAUUGGGAAUAGUUUUGGUUACUUUGGGCCUUUUCUUUGCUGUGAUGGCUGCUACAGUGCUGGGAAUCUUCAUAAAGCACCAGGAGACGCCCAUAGUCAGAGCCAACAACUGCAGCCUCACCUAUGCUCUCCUCAUCUCCCUCCUGCUUGGCUUCCUGUCCUCCUUGCUAUUCAUUGGCCAAUCAGGGAAGGUGACCUGUGUCCUCCGCCAAACAACUUUCAGCAUAGUAUUCUCCGUGGCUCUUUCUUGUGUUUUGGCAAAAACUAUCACGGUUGUCCUGGCUUUCGUAGCCACCCAGCCAGGAAGCUGGGUAAGGAAAUGGGUAGGGAAACAUCUGGCAAAUGCUGUUGUUGUCACCUGCUCUUUUGUUCAAGUUUGUAUUUGUAUUGUGUGGUUGGGAACCUCGCCUCCAUUCCCAGAUCUCGACUUAAGCUCAGUCCCUAGAGAAAUAGUGGUUGGAUGUAACAAAGGCUCUAUCCUCAUGUUUUAUUGUGCAAUGAGUUACUUGGGCUUUCUGGCCCUCCUGAGUUUGACUGCGGCUUUCCUAGCCAGGAAAUUGCCCAGCAGCUUCAACGAGGCCAAGCUGAUCACCUUCAGCAUGCUGGUUUCCUGCAGUGUUUGGGUGUCCUUUGUUCCAACCUACCUGAGCACCAAAGGGAAAAACAUGGUGGCUGUGGAGAUCUUCUCUAUCCUGACCUCCAGCGGUGGCAUACUGGUCUGCUUUUUCUCCCCCAAAUGCUUCAUUAUUUUAGUAAGACCUGAUCUGAACAGCAGGAAGAAACUUAUUAAAAAAAAGAAUAACAGAAUCUAA